AUGGCACCGGCCAAAGCUGAAUCCCCGGCUCAGACCGAUACGUCAAUGACUGAUGCUAAUGACGAUGCAAUCCCGUCCAUUCCUGUUGACGCGCCGAUGGCAGAUACCCCGGACUACACGGACUCUGACACUAAUCCGAAUACCACGGCUAGCAGCGUCGCAGGCGACGCCACAGCCGAUGGUCACAAGCGCCGCUCCGAAGCUACUCAACUGCGAAAGAACCUCCUGAGCAAGAAGCACGACCGUUUGGAUGAGUCGAAGGAAAAUGAUUCCAUUCGCCGAUUCCGAUACCUUCUCGGCCUCACAGAUUUGUUCCGCCAUUUCAUUGAAACCAAUCAAAAUCCGCGCAUCAAGGAGAUCAUUGCUGAGAUCGACCGACAGAAUUUGGAAAGCGAAGCAAAGGCGCGUAAGGGGUCCUCACGCACUGGUGGUGCAGGCGGCGACCGGCGCCGUAGAACCGAACAGGAGGAGGAUGCGGAAUUGUUGAGGGACGAGCGACAGGGCGGCGAGACAACCACCGUUUUCCGUGAAUCGCCUGCCUUUGUCCAUGGUGAACUCCGUGAUUAUCAGGUUGCAGGCCUGAACUGGCUUGUCUCGCUCCACGAGAAUGGUAUCUCUGGUAUUUUGGCCGAUGAGAUGGGUUUGGGCAAGACUCUGCAAACUAUCUCAUUCUUGGGAUACUUGCGCUUUGUCCGCGAUAUCUCUGGCCCUCAUCUGGUCGUCGUCCCCAAAUCCACCCUCGAUAACUGGAAGCGUGAGUUCGCCAAGUGGAUCCCUGAUGUCAACGUCCUGAUUCUCCAGGGUGACAAGGAGGAGCGACAACGCUUGAUCAACGAAGAGCUACUUGAAAACAACUUCGAUGUGUGCAUUACCAGUUACGAGAUGAUUCUCCGCGAGAAGUCUCACCUCAAGAAGUUCGCCUGGGAGUACAUCAUCAUUGAUGAGGCUCACCGAAUUAAGAAUGAGGAGUCUUCACUUUCACAGAUCAUUCGUCUUUUCAACUCCCGCAACCGCUUGCUUAUCACUGGAACCCCGUUACAAAACAACCUACACGAGCUGUGGGCUUUGCUCAACUUUUUGCUCCCAGAUGUAUUCGGUGACUCGGAUGCAUUUGACCAGUGGUUCUCCAGCCAGGACUCUGAUCAGGACACUGUUGUGCAACAGCUUCACCGUGUGCUGCGGCCUUUCUUGUUGCGACGAGUGAAGAGUGAUGUUGAGAAGAGUUUGCUGCCGAAGCAGGAGCUCAACCUGUAUGUGCCCAUGUCUGAGAUGCAAAGGAAGUGGUAUCAAAAGAUUCUGGAGAAAGAUAUCGAUGCGGUCAACGGUGCGGCUGGCAAAAAGGAGUCCAAGACCCGAUUGUUGAAUAUUGUGAUGCAGCUGCGAAAAUGCUGCAACCACCCCUACCUUUUCGAGGGAGCCGAGCCCGGCCCCCCGUAUACAACCGAUGAGCAUCUUAUCUUCAAUGCCGGAAAAAUGGCCAUUCUGGACAACCUUUUGAAGCGCAUGAAGGAGGAUGGUAGUCGCGUCCUUAUCUUCUCCCAGAUGAGUCGUGUUCUGGAUAUUCUAGAGGAUUACUGUGUUUUCCGAGAGUUUGAGUAUUGCCGAAUCGAUGGAACAACCGCCCAUGAGGAUCGUAUUGCUGCUAUUGACGAUUACAACAAGCCUGGGUCCGAAAAAUUCGUCUUUCUUCUUACAACGCGUGCUGGUGGCCUGGGUAUUAACUUGACUACGGCCGACAUUGUGGUGCUUUUCGACAGUGACUGGAACCCCCAGGCCGAUCUUCAAGCCAUGGACCGUGCUCACCGAAUCGGUCAGACCAAGCAGGUCAAGGUCUUCAGAUUCGUCACAGAGAAUGCUAUCGAAGAGAAGGUUCUUGAGCGCGCCGCCCAGAAGUUGCGUUUGGAUCAGUUGGUUAUCCAACAAGGCCGUGCUCAGCAAAAUAGCAAGGCUGCGUCUAAAGAUGACCUCCUCGGUAUGAUUCAGCACGGCGCCGCCGAUGUCUUCGGCCCCACCGACAGCUCUGGUAAGGGCGACGACAUCUCCCAAGAUGAUUUCGAAGCUAUCCUCCGCAAGGGCGAGGAGCGAACGCAGCAGUUGAACAAGAAGUAUGAGAAGCUCGGUAUCGACGACCUGCAGAAGUUCAGCUCCGAGAGUGCCUACGAGUGGAACGGCCAGGAUUUCACCGAGCGCAAGAAGGACAUUGGCAUCAGCUGGAUCAACCCUGCCAAGCGUGAGCGCAAGGAGCAAUUCUACUCAAUCGACAAGUACUAUCGUCAGGCCCUGGCUACGGGCGGCCGGACCGCCGAUACCAAGCCCAAGGUUCCUCGCGCACCAAAGCAAAUUACUGUUCAUGACUGGCAAUUCUACCCUCCCGGUCUGCAGGAGUUGCAGGAGAGGGAGACCGCUAGUUUCCACAGAGAUAUUGGCUACAAGGCGCCGCUUCCCGAGGGCCCGGAGGAAGAGUUGAGCGAGCGUGAGGCCGAACGGGAUCUUGAGCAGCAGGAGAUCGACAAUGCCCAGCCUUUGAACGAGGAAGAGCAGGCUGAGAAGGCCCGCAUGUCUGAGGAAGGCUUCUCACACUGGAACCGCCGUGAUUUCCAACAGUUCAUUAAUGGAUCGGCUAAGUUUGGAAAAACUGACUACGUUGGCAUUGCCACCGAGGUGGACAGCAAGGAGCCUGACGAAAUUGAGGAGUACGCCGAGGUCUUCUGGCGUCGAUACACCGAAAUCCAAGAUUACAACAAGUACUUGAAGGUCAUUGAGCAGGGCGAGGACAAACUGCGGAAGAUGAACCACCAACGGAAGAUGCUGCGCAAGAAGCUGGAGAUGUACCGCGUGCCUUUACAGCAACUCAAGAUCAACUACACCGUGUCUACGACCAACAAGAAGGUUUACACCGAGGAGGAGGACCGCUUCUUGCUCGUGAUGCUGGACAAGUACGGGGUGGAGGGCGAAGGCCUUUACGAAAAGAUUCGCGAUGAAGUCCGGGAUUCGCCACUCUUCCGCUUCGACUGGUUCUUCCUCAGCCGUACUCCGGUCGAGAUCGGUCGGCGCUGCACGACGCUGCUGAACACUGUCGCCAAGGAGUUUGAAGGCGACAGCAAAACAAACGGAGAGGGCAAGGGGCGUGGUCGAGACCGCGACGAGGAUGAAGAGAAUGAUGACGCGGCACCUGUGAAGAAGAAGGCUAAGAAUGGCGCCACUGCUAAACAGACUAAAACAACUAAGGCUGGCAGCAAAGCCGGCUCCAACAGUACUUCGCGCGCGGUCAGUGUCUCCACCGGACCUAAGGGCAAAGGUCGCAAGAAAUGA